UGUGUGUGUGUGCGCGACUCUGCUGCCGUGUGCGGAACAAACAAAGCAGAGACAGUCGCACGAAAGUGACGAUGAGGAGAAGCUAAUUGUUUGCUAACUAGCCUGUAGCGCCCCUGCUGGUGUGGAGGGGAACCGUUGGAUUAGCCGGGGCCCUAGCUAACGUCAUUGUGAUACUGUGCACACAAAUAACCACGGUGAUAAAUGGUGUUUCAAUAACAAGAAGAAGAACUGAAAAACCAUAGCAGCACUACUGGGUCAUCACUAAUACUACUAGUGCCACUACUACUACUAAAUCAGCUACUGCAACCACUAAGCUAGCCACUAACUCACUACAACUGCAAGGAUGCUCACAUAGAUGCUAGGUAAUGCUAAUAUUUUAAUACCAACGGUCAACUGAAUGCUAAUCAUGCUAACGACACUGCUUACAAUGUUUCCUUAGAUUAGCUAGCGGCUGCAUCAAGAGUAAAGCUAAAAGUGACAAUAAAGUACCUCUCACUCAAAACGAAUAUCAAUUAUGUGACGUUAUAAUAUUAAUAACUCGGGUUAUCUGGGCUUCUCUUAGCUAAUGUGUUUGUUAGUAUGAUAGACGUUUACUGCAACAAAGUUAGUAACAAGAGUGCUAACAAAUGAAUGCUUUUAAUAAAGCUAGGAAUGAUUUUUUGACUUAUGACGUUAAUCAUGUGAGCGAUGAGUGCUCAUUAUGCAAAUAGCAACGCUCAUGCAAACAGUAACUAAAACAAUGUCUGCUAUUAUUAUUAAGUGGUUACAUCAAUCAAAUAAAGGCAAAUGUGUUUAUCAGUUAAAGCUGCUAACAUAAAAAGAACGAGUCCCUUAAAAGAUCUAUGUAGUCUUGUUAUUGUUGGUAAGCCUAAAAACAAUAACACGUCUGUGUUGAACAGGCUUUUCUGCUCACAGCCAGACACCAGAAACCAGAGGCACAGCUAAUGACUUGAGUAUAUUGAAUAUGGAUACCUUCUGGUUUUACCACAUCAUUCCUAGGGGUCAUAUGCAGGAAUGAAGCUGAGCCACUCCCCUCACCUGGUCUGUGUGUGUGUGUGUGUGCUUGCAUGCCUUCAGGGUGCUGGGCGUGGACCGAGGCCUCUCAGGUGUCUCCGAGCUCUUGAUUCAUCUGCCAAUCACAGUGUGCCUUUUUUCUUCUUCUUCCUUUUCCUCUCCCUUUCUUUGCCACUCAAAAUUCCACCUAUUUUUACCCCCCACAGCCAUACCUGCUGGGAGAGGAACAGGACAGAGGGAGGCUGAAGUCUGAUCUUGAUCUAUACCAAAAUGGACAGGAAGAAUGAAGAAGAAGAAGGGGGAGGACCUGGUUCAGACUAGGACUUGUGACUUGCAUGCAUCGUUAUGCGACACCACGGACUGAAAGGCUGCUCGGCUUCAACAGAGCGGAUGUGAGGCUUGUUUGUUGUGCGUAGCAGUUUCAGGCAUAAUCAACUGAGUGUUCUGUGUAUGCUGGGUGAGCAUGUCUGUGAAGGUGUAGCACUUUGACAGCGAUAUUAUCCCGGUAUAACACAGCAGCGUGCCUUUCCCUCCUUAAGACUUCAAACCUCACAAGCUGGCCGAUCAUAUGAUGUUGCUGUAAAGAGCCUGGAGGGGGUAAGUCAUGUUUCACAGUUGAAAAGAUUCCUGCUAAUGAGAGUUUCAUUUGUAGCUCUUUACGGUUUGAACGUGUUCCUGUCUGUGCCAUGUUUACACUGAUGGUAAUGACUGACACGGGGAGUGUUUCUCCUCUUGAGAGAUUCUAUUAUUAUACGUACAUUUCUCAGCUUUCGCUUUACCCAGUGUGUCUGUGUUCCUCUUUUUAUUUCAUUCUCCCUAUUUUUUUGAUACUUCUCCUUUAACAUUUUGUCAAUCACCCUCUCACGCCUGUGACGUGCUGUAUAAACUUCUCAUGCAUUGUACACAACUUCUCCUGGUGCUCUCCACUCCGCAUACUGCAAUUUGUUUGCUUAAAGUAGCCUGAUCUUUUUUUCUAUUUAAUGAAGGAAUCUAGAAAUCUCUGCAGUCAUCUGAGCAUUUCUUCAACCAUUUUUUAUCAUCAACAGUGCUGCCAAAGAUAACAUCACACAUGUAACUGUGUUAUCAUGUAAAACACAAGACUCUCAGUAUCGGUCCACAUGUAGUGGUCCACAUUAUUUCAGAUUCUCCCUAUUAAAACUCACAGACGAUCAUCUGUGUUAAUCUUCAUGUGCUGCAGCACUUGUUGCACCCUGACAGGAACUGAGAAGUGAGCACCCACACAGGAAAUGUGGUCACGGUCUGUCCCGGAUGUUGGUAGCGUGACGUGAAUACAACAAUAAUGAAGAUAGGCAGAAAAGUAAAGACAUGAAAAUAAAACGGUUUGACAGAGAGGGGGAAAGAUUAAAUUUUGCAGAAGAGAAUAAGAUAUUAGGUGUGACAUUUUAACUGUUCGUCACCAGAAUAAUCAUUUUCUUCUGUAGGCCUUUGCUUGUGUUGACCCUUUCACGGUUUUAUCCUCAGCUCAGACUCACCGUGCAGCGUGGCGAUAAACUGAUAAACACAGGACGCAGGCAGUUAAACUGCUCACCCGAAAUAUCCCCUCAUACCCCACCCUCUUCCCCCCCCCCCGCUCUUAAUCCGCACCAUACACCUCUAUCUCUCUCUCGCUCACUUGCUCAGCUGAUUCACUGUAUCUGCGGUCAGGAAGUACAAACUUGCUUUUGUGACAUUUCACUAAAAGUCUGUUGCACUGCACACACCUGCAGAGCCACGCCAAGAAGUUAAAAAGAGUUGACAAAUGAGCAGACAAAAAACCUUCUCCAGGUUGGAUUGUGUUGACACACAAGUGAUCUGUGAAUGGCUCCAUUGGAUUUUGUAACAUGCUUCAGGAUUUCACAUUCAUGGGAUCCGACAGAAUGAUCAUUCUUCGUACGGCAGAGCUGGACAUUUUGUAGCGAGGCAACAUUUGCAGCUACAGCGUCUCUCACCAAAACCCACAAACACCCCCCAACAACGGAACUGACUCAGACGCAUGCUAAUGGAGGAGGAAAACGUGUGCUCCUCUCUGCCAGAUGUCACAGAUUCAGUCCUUCAGCGGCCUCAACAGGACUCGUGGACGUCCAUCGACCACCAGUACAUGAACGGAGAGGAGGAGGCCGUUGCGUGGGGCGACACGGUGGUCCAGAUAAACCAGGUGCAUGGGACGGAUCCACUCAGUGUCUCCCUAGAGGCGGGACGAGAGACCCCUGAGCAGGUAGAACAGUGGGAGCAGGUGGUAUGGCCUAUGAACUGUACCAGUCCUCCGCUUUCCUUUGCCACAGUGCAGUGGGACAUGCCCGAUCCCUCUGCGGCGACACCUUCGUUCGUGACCGACGGCUGCUUGGCCAAUGAGCCGAGCUCAGGCGACGUGACGAGUCUACACUCCACUUCCCCGUCGCUUCACCAAUCUCGAGGCGUUAAUCUUUUCACACGGGAGGGCAGAGGGGAAGAAGACAAGUUUGAUCGUCUGCCUCUCAACUCAAAUCUAGAGUGGACAGGAAACGGCUCGGAGCCAUGUGAUGCUGCAGAUGUGCAAGAGCCGCCGACACAGGAAAGGGAAGACCCAACACAUGAGCUGUUAGAAAGCAAUAACGAUAUCCCACUGAGGGCAGACUUAGAAGAAGAAGAAGAGGAGGAGGGACACUCGGUAACCUCGUAUCCUGUUGAAACUGUGGACUUAAUCAACAUCCUUGAAGGGAUUGAUGCCUCAGAAGAUGAAGCGGACAGUUUUGUAGAUUUAAAACUAGAAGAGGAACAAGAGGAGCCCGACGUUCUGCUGACUGGACAGGGAGACUCGGAGGAAGAGCAAACUUUAGCGAACGGUGUUGAGGACGAGGGAGAAGAGGAGGACGAGCAGAUAAACGUGUCCUAUACUGACCAAAGUGAAGAGGCAAACAUUGUCAGUUGUCUGAUUGAUGUGGAGUUUCCUGCAGAGCCACUCCAAACUGACGAUGCCGGACCAACUGUAAACCCAGAUAAGCUGAUUGAUCUGCAGCAGUCAGAGCUGUUGGAGGAAAGGCAACACUCGGGGACUGAAGAGGACAUAGAGGUACUAGAACAGUUACAUGAAGAUCCCACUGGUCAACCUGCGGAGCCAGAAAUGUGCGAAGAUGUAGAUCAGAACAUUGACCCUGAACAGUCGGAGGACAACGUCGAAGAACUGUCGACCCGGACAGCAGGUGACACAGAGAGGAUAGAAAACUCACCAGAGAUAAUAGAGCUGACGGAAGAACCGGAGGAGACGAGUUGUUUGGAGGAACGAGGUUGUGACCAGCACGUAGAGCUUUCACCGCAGCUCGAACGAGCCGAGUCCGAGCAGCUCGAACGAGCCGAGUCCGAGCAGCUCGAGACGACCGAAGAGUUAAAGGAGAUCCAAACAGAGGUGUCGCAAGACCAGUUAGGACAGUCGCAGCAUCUGAAACAGCCAGCAGAGAUGGAGCCGACGGAGGAGUCGACCCGACGUGAAACUGCAGACCUGCCACGGGACUCCACUCAAUCACAGCAGACGGUUUCUGUCGGAGUGGCAGAGCUGCGAGAACAGACGGAGCCGUCAGAGCAGAAUGAGCAGACGCCGCAAACGACCAACUCGUCUCUCGCUGGGCAGCUUGUGCAGCCGGAGACAGAUGAGUCAGAAAUAAUGGAGCAUCUGUCUCCCGAGCCCGAGGUCACACAGCAGACAGCGGAGGCCGAGUUCAACCGGGUGGACGAACAGGCGGAGAAGUCACAUCGCGGGGAGGAAGUAGGAGGUUGCGAGGACGGCUCCGUGCGAACAAUCGUUGCAAAUGACGAGCAACCCAAAGCCCCCGAGACAGCAGCGCCUCAUAUGAACGGAGACGCGGUGAACAGAGAGAUGGCCCGCUGCCUCGCCGAGCGGCUGUAUAAGUUAGAUGGGAUCCAACGUGUGGACGUGGUGAAGCACUUAGACAAAGACAAUGACUUCAGUCGAGCUGUCGGGGAGGAAUACCUGAAGCUGUUUGACUUCACCGGGCAAACUCUCGAUCACGCACUGAGGUCUUUUCUGAAGGUGGUGGUGCUGAUAGGAGAGACCCAGGAGAGAGAGCGCGUGCUGCAGCAUUUUGCCUGCCGCUUCCAUCAGUGCAACCCCGACUCCUUUACCUCUUCAGAGUCUGUGUUGGCGCUCACAUGUGCUCUGAUGCUUCUCAACACUGACUUGCAUGGACAGAAUGUGGGGAAAUCAAUGUCCUCGGUUAAGUUUGUGUCCAACCUCGAUGGGAUGAACGAAGGAGAAAACUUCAGCAAGGAUCUCUUGAAGAGUCUUUACAAUUCCAUAAAGAGUGAGCCACUGCAGUGGGCCGUUGACGAGGAGGAGUUGAAGAGCUCCGUGUUGGUGGACGAGGACGCAAGGGAAGAUGCGCCGCUGCGUUCAAAGGCGAACCCCUUCCAGGACGUUCCUCACGACAAAACGGCUUCUGUGGCCAAGCAGGGAUUCCUCCAGAGAAAGCUGCACGCCGACAUCGACGGCAAACGCACUCCGUGGGGAAAGAGAGGCUGGAAGACUUUCUACGGAGUGGUGAGGGGAAUGGUCCUUUACCUGCAGAAGGAUGAUUAUAGGCGGGAUCAGCCGAUUGACGAGGAGGUGGUGAGCUUGCACCACUCUCUGGCCGAUCAGGCGGCCGACUACACCAAGAAGCCACAUGUCUUCCGUCUGCAGACGGCUGACUGGAGGGUUUUACUCUUUCAGGCCUCAUCCAAAGUGGAGAUGUAUUCAUGGAUCAGCCGCAUCAACCUGGCCUCGGCCCUUCACUCGUCGCCCCCGUUCCCCGCCGCCGUCGGCUCUCAGAGGAGAUUCUGCAGACCCAUCCUCCCCUCAUCGCAGUCUGCUCACACUCUGGACCGUCAGCUGCAGUCGUAUGCAGGAACGCUGGGGUCCUUCAAAGAGGACUUGUCGUACCUGCAGCAAAACCUGCCAGAGGGCAAAAGAGCCAGAGCCAAGGAGCUGGAGGAGCAUCGCGUCAGAGCGGAGUACCUGCAGCACGAGAUGUGUCGCUAUGAGAUCUACAUCCAGGGGUUGGAGGCGUGGAAGAGCGUGAAGAAGACAGGUGGCAGCGUGUCGAGCGUCGCGGACCUGAAACGGUUUGAUAAAGCAGUGUGGGCAGACUCUUUGAUGGAGGAAGACGAGGUUGAAGGCAUGCUGAAAAAGUCCUACUCCAGCCCCUCUCUGGAACUGGAGCUGGCCCCUCCGACGGUGAUCAAAGUCAGACGCAACAUCUCAGAAAGACGGACUUAUCGCAGGACCAUCAUUCCCCGGUGGAAUAAGGAGGUCUGAGCGUUUAGUUGUGGACGCACUGAGCAGAGAAGGAAAGAAGCACCAGAGUCGUAUAUCUGAGGCCUCAGCGAGUUAGUGUUUUGUUUCUGCAUUUUUAUCUUGUGUACUUUUACAAAAUUACACCUCAGGGAAUCCCAAACCCUCAAUUUCUCUCAGGAAAGAAAGCGGGAACCUGAUUCAUUUCCUGAGUGACUCAAAAUGUCUGGAGCUAAUUUAUUUUUGUUUAGUUGUGUUAACUUUGGUCUGUAGUCGUGCUCAACAUUGUACAAAUUUGCUUUCAUUUGUUCUUUUUACUUUGGUCAAAACUGUCCCUUUUUAAAAUGUCGACCACUAGAGGGUGCUGUAGCACAGCUCAUCUGUGAGUGAACGGAGGGGAACAGGAUGUGUGUUGAAAAGAAAAGAAGAAAAAAAUCCUAAUUGCACUUUCAUUGUUUUUAAUAUUGUCUGUAAUAUGUUGAUGACAUCGUUACAUAUUGUUUCCAAAUGAAGGAUUUGUUUUUUAAAUGUCAUGUAUUAUUUUCCCUUUGGGGAAAAAUAAAUUGUUACUGCUGUUCUUCA